AUGGGCCUUCGUGACUGGUUCAGAAGAUUUGUGAGCAAAGUCAAGGAGGUUUUCGGAAUAUACGACAAAUAUACAGACUUCACCGCAACAGCCUACUUCUCUGACGGUGCCGAGAUGACAUUCACCGGAAGGCCAUGGGGCAACGAAUUCGAGCUCUUCAAAUAUAACGCCGAUACUUAUGCAUAUGCCUCAAGACCCAAGACCGAGUACAUGAAGAGCCUCGAGUCCACACGAUUUGAGGAGACGAGCUUCCUUGCCGGCUGUGAUACACACCAUCUUUAG